GAUUGGCGAAGCGGGUGGCGGGAGAUUACAGGCGGCUCGGUUGCUGGGAGAUAUCGGUAGCGCUGCACUAGGCCCCAGGUGAUGGAGUUCUCCCGGGCAAGGCCGCGUCGCCAGCGAUGCUCCCCUCUGGCCGAGGUCUAUCCGUUCCCGAUCCAGUUCUACGAGCAGCCACCGACUGAGAACGUCUCGUUGCAGGAUUUCGAGAACUUCGCGGUGGAGAGGCUGAAACUUCUCAAAUGUAUAGAAACACUUGGUGUUAGCUACGUCAGGGCAUCAGAGUCCUAUAACAAGAAACUGGAAGCUGAGUUUCGAAAAUUGAGAUUUCCUUACAGAGUUUCAAGUGAAGAGAAGCUGGAUGAGUAUGAAAUAAGAAGGAAAGAUCACAUCUCGCAUUUCAUAUUGCGUCUUGCUUACUGCCAGUCGGAAGAUCUGAGACGAUGGUUUAUCCAGCAGGAGUUGGAAGUAUUCCGUUUCCGAUUCAAUGAACUGCAUAACAAGCAGCUAGAAUUUCUCAAGCACAACAAGUUGGAAUAUCAAGCUAUUGAAACAAAGGAAAAAGAAGAUGUGAAGAUGAAACUGGCUGCUUCGGGUGGACACAGCUCAGUUAAAAUAGAUGAAUGGUUGUUUUACAAGGUCCCUUUUACUGAUGCUCUUGAGCUGGUCCGAGUUCGGAAGGUGUUUGUUAAAAAUGGCUUUGCAUAUAUACCUCAUCCAGAGAUAGUAAUUAUAGUUCUGAAUGAAUUCCGACAGCGGCUUUCCAAGUCUUUGGCAAUUGCGUCAAGAUCGCUGCCUGUUGUACAGUCAGACGAGCGACUUCAGCCUCUGCUGAACCACCUCAGCCAUGCAUACGUAGGACAGAACUAUAGCAUUCAGAAGAAUGUUGGGAAGAUUUCAUUGGAACAGAUUGACAGUUUUGAUAAAUUAUAUGCCUACAAUAUACGCCACAGUUUUGGAAAAGAAGGCAAGAGGACUGACUACACACCAUUCAGCUGCAUGAAGAUCAUUCUGUCAAACCCGCCAAGUCAAGGGGAUUAUCACGGCUGUCCAUUCCGUCACAGUGACCUUGAACUUCUGAAACAAAAAUUGCAGACCUAUAAAAUUCCUCCUGCAGGAAUUGCUCAGAUUCUGGAUUUAGUGAAGGGGAUGCAUUACCAGCUGGCCUGUCAGAAAUACUUUGAGCUAACCCACAAUAUUGACGAAGUUGGAUUUUCCCUAACCCAUCCAAAUCAGUAUUUCAAUGAGAGCCAGAAGCUCCUGAAUAGCAGCCGAGAUAUCAAAAGAGAGUCCAGCCAGCAAGAUAAUUCUCAGUGGAACCAAGGCAGUCAGGCUACAAGAGGUGUGAGCACUUCUGCCUCCAAACCCAUGAGUCAGGUGUUGUCAUCAGACAUGGAUGGUUUGGAAGAGCUUCUCAGUGAAGGAUACAUGUAGUCAUUAUCGAUGAUGUUGGUAUCCAAUGGAUAUGCAUUGUGGGUUCUUGCAUUUCCUAAAGUGACUCUUCCAUAUUCUUGUUCUGUUUAUUUCACCCCUUGAAAGAGUAAACUUCAGAAGGUUUGGAUGCUUUCCAGAAUAGCUUGAAAACAAACAUGUGAACUUGUUUGUAAUAUUUUCACCAAUAAAAACCCUCAAAACUG